CAAAAGUUACGUCAACUCAUUGUAACCCUCGCGCAGGAUUAAGUAGCUAGAUUAGCAAGAUUAUCGUAUUUCGUAGUGUGGGGAGAGAUAUACUGCAUACAGAGAAGAGGAUGGCAUAAGAAUACGAGACAGUGCUGGAGCAAAACGUCAAAUUCGGUAUGGCUGCUAUACAUACCGUCAUCGGAGUUGGGGCGCUCAUCUUCCUCGGCGUCGACUUUACAGAAGAUUUUGCGACUACGACUAUUGAUUGUAAGGAUGCCGGGCUGCCCGGAGAAAGCACACCACUAACCUGCAAGAUAACAGGCACUGUGAAAUCUGGAGUCAGGUGGUUACGACCAGAUAAUGGGUCACAGUUACUGGUUGUGUUUUGUAACAAGGGUAAUGAUGAUUGUAACCCAUUACUGCCUGGCUACAGUGUUCUUAUUGACUCAUCUACGGGGCACCACACGCUCACCAUAGGUUCGUUCAACAAGUCUACUGAUGCUGGGAUAUGGACAUGUCAGGACGGACCAGUGGGAGUUGGACAAAUUUCAUGUGAAAAGAAAGUCGCAAAACCUGGAAGUGCCGCGACCAUAUCCUACAAGAUGUCCGCCACCAUAGCAGCAAUAAUGACCACAGUCUCGAUGGCUGUUACCGUAUUCACAGCUUCUAUUACAAGAGAUAGAAAGCGUGGCAACCUGAAAAACAGCAGAAUAAGGUAACCACCAAGCUAGCUUCUCGGGUGAUGAAAGUGUUCCACAGUAAAACCACAAUGUGGUCGUCUUGCGUGAUGAAAAUAGUCCACAGUAAAACCACAAUGUGGUCGUCUUGCGUGAUGAAAAUAGUCCACAGUAAAACCACAAUGUGGUCGUCUUACUUGACGAAAAUAGUCCACUGUAAAACCACAAUGUGGUCGUCUUGCGUGAUGAAAAUAGUCCACCGUAAAACCACAAUGUGGUCGUCUUGCGUGAUGAAAAUAGUCCACAGUAAAACCACAAUGUGGUCGUCUUGCGUGAUGAAAAUAAUCCACAGUAAAACCACAAUCCGGGUUCAGAAGGAACACCACACCCCAGUCUUCUCAAUGUUCAACAGUAACUCUACAAUCCAGUCUACCCAGUGUUCAACAGUAACUCUACAAUCCAGUCUACUCAAUGUUCAACAGUAACUCUACAAUCCAGUCUUCUCAAAGUUCUACACUAACUCUACAAUCCAGUCUUCUCAAUGUUCUACACUAACUCUACAAUCCAGUCUUCUCAAUGUUCAACAGUAACUCUACAAUCCAGUCUUCUCAAUGUUCUACACUAACUCUACAAUCCAGUCUUCUCAAUGUUCAACAGUAACUCUACAAUCCAGUCUUCUCAAUGUUCAACAGUAACUCUACAAUCCAGUCUCCUCAAUGUUCUACAGUAACUCUACAAUCCAGUCUCCUCAUUGUUCUACACUAACUCUACAAUCCAGUCUCCUCAAUGUUCUACACUAACUCUACAAUCCAGUCUCCUCAAUGUUCAACAGUAACUCUACAAUCCAGUCUACUCAAUGUUCAACAGUAACUCUACAAUCCAGUCUUCUCAAUGUUCAACAGUAACUCUACAAUCCAGUCUCCUCAAUGUUCUACACUAACUCUACAAUCCAGUCUCCUCAAUGUUCUACACUAACUCUACAAUCCAGUCUCCUCAAUGUUCUACACUAACUCUACAAUCCAGUCUCCUCAAUGUUCAACAGUAACUCUACAAUCCAGUCUCCUCAUUGUUCUACACUAACUCUACAAUCCAGUCUCCUCAAUGUUCAACAGUAACUCUACAAUCCAGUCUUCUCAAUGUUCAACAGUAACUUUACAAUCCAGUCUUCCCAAUGUUCAACACUAACUCUACAAUCCAGUCUUCUCAAUGUUCUACACUAACUCUACAAUCCAGUCUUCCUC